AUGAAACAAAUGGGUGGUUCCCUAUUUUAUCUUCACAUUAUUGUUUCAUUACUUUUCCUUUUCAUGCUCUUGCUAGAACCAGUCUAUGGCACCAAAAAGUGUUAUAUUGUAUACUUGGGAGCACAUUCUCAUGGUCCUAACCCUACAUCUCUUCAACUUGAAAUUGCUACCAAUUCUCAUUAUGAUUUACUAAGUUCAACUUUGGGCAGUGAGGAGAAAGCAAAAGAAGCAAUCAUUUAUUCAUAUAACAAACACAUCAAUGGCUUUGCUGCUCUACUCGAAGAGGAACAAGCAGCACAUAUUGCAAAAAAAACAAAUGUAUUGUCUGUGUUCUUGAGCAAAUCUCAUAAACUGCACACUACUCGGUCAUGGGAAUUUCUUGGACUGCACAGAAAUGGUAACACUGCAUGGCAAAAAGGAAGAUUUGGUGAAAAUACAAUAAUUGCAAACAUUGACACCGGUGUUUGGCCGGAAUCCAAGAGCUUCAGCGACAAAGGAUUUGGCCCCAUACCAUCGAAAUGGCGUGGGGGCAAAGCUUGUCAAAUUAGACAAUUUGGCAAACUCAAGAAAAAUCCUUGCAACAGGAAGCUAAUUGGAGCCAGAUUCUUCAGCAAUGCUUAUGAAGCAUAUUAUGGCAAGCUUCACCCGUCGUUACUCACCGCACGCGACUUUGUAGGCCACGGAACUCACACUCUAUCAACAGCGGGUGUGUAA